AUACACAGAGUAGGGUAACAUAUUAAGGCCUAGGUUAUACGUCACAUUUUGGUCGCGUUGAAUGCAAUUUAAACAAUAGAUGAUGAGAUGAUAAACCUCAUUAAGUUUAGUCAUCACCUAUUGUUUGAAUUGCAUUUGGUGCAACCAAAAUGCAACAUAUAACCUAACUCUUGUAAAAGAACAUUUUGAUAUCAUACAAAAUGAUUAUGAGUUUAUGGCAGUUAUUUAGAGAAAGUAAACAUAUUUAAUCUCGAUGUUUAUGCCAAUCAUCGGAAUGCAUCCAUCCCAGGUGGACGGGAAGGAUGGCACUUUUUUCACCAAGCUGCUCAGGUUAUUGUGAAGGACAGUUUAUUGAAAAAAAUGUGUGUCGUACAUAGUCUAUGACAACUUUGUUCCAGAGUAUGCCUUGGGAAUAAGGUUCAGCCUCUGGAACUUAUAAUAGUUUUUUGGAAGGGUUCAACAAAUAUAAUUAUUGGAACAACAAAAUGGAAUUGUAGGGGUUCUAAAAUUUUGAAAAAAUGGCCUAUUAGCUAUAAGUAAAUUGAUUUGAAUUAUUGGAUAUGUUGCUUAUUUUAUGCAGUUAGUAUCAUACUAACUUUCCAUGAUGAAGUUGCAUGCAUGAUGAAGGCCCUUAGGUCAAAAUAAACAGGCAGUUGUUACACCACAUUCAAUGUGAAGUUCUUAUAAUCUCAUGCUUUCACACUAUUCCCAACCUCGUACCCAGGGUCUUUUAAGCAGAGGUAAAAACCCUGGGUACGAGGUUGCACUAUAUUCCUUGCUUCAAUUGAAAAACAUUAGAUUUAGACAUUUUGCAUGUCAGGCAAUUACCUGUGUUUGUUCAGAUGCAUCAGUUGCAUCAACAACUUUCAUGGCAAGAUUUGCAAACAGGCAAAUAAGAAUGUUAUCAAGAUGUUAUUUAAAAAAAACGUUCUGACUUACUAUAUGAAACAAUGCUAUAAUCUCCAGUAAUUUUUGGUAAUGGAGAGGAACUUAAAAAAUACUUGUUUUCAUAGCCUGGAUAUUAUUGAUUUUGUGAUUUCUCUUGGGCCCUUUGACCAUGACAUUUUCAUCUUGUUUGUGUUAAUAUCGGCUAUACUCUCAGUAUUCACAUGCCUGGGAAACACCAUGGUCCUGUUGGCUUACCUGAAGUCAUCUAUUCUCCGCAAGAAGCUUUCCAGUAUUUUUGUAAUCAAUUUGGCAGUCACGGACUGGCUUGUCGGUGUCAUCGUCCAUCCUCUUCUCAUGAUAUUUUUUGUUCAAACAAUCAAUGAUGAUUCAUCCUGUUUUCUUCCUUCUUUGUUGGCUGUAGUUAUUCCGAUACUCAUGAUGGUGUCUCUAUUUAGCGUAGUGGGAGCUACGGCGGAGAGGUUCUUGGCUGUCGUGUAUCCAAUAUAUCACAGAACCGAACUGACAAAGACAAGACUACGGGUAUUUGUGUUAUGUUCAUGGGCGUAUGCAACAUCUUGGAUAUCUAUACUCUUUCUCAGUGAAGAAAAUGCUAAAAUUUACGUGACAUUGAAUUGCGUUUUACCCAUAAUUAUGACACUUUUUGUGGUCAUACUUUGGGUGUACAUUUUUAUCAUAAUUAAAGGACACGCAGUUGUUGGAAACACUUGUCGCGGUCAGAAGAAGACUGCAUUGGAACAACGCCAAAAAUCUGAAAGAAAAACAGCCAAGACGUUUUUGGUAUCAACUUUGAGUCUUUACGUGUCUUAUACGCCGUUGCUUAUCGCAUUGUUUACUAGUUUUAAAGAUCCUCUGCAUAUGAUCUGUUUUCUGGAGAUCAUGCUGUUAACCUCUGUAAUAAAUCCAGUCAUAUAUGGCUUAGGGAAUGUGCAUGUCAGAAAUAUCAUGAGAAAGGAACUUUUAUGUGGAUAGCCUUGCAAGAGUAGCAUGCAUCAGCAUUGGUUAGAGACUCGAUCAUUAGACUAUAAAUUACGAUUUAGUUUUUGAUGUGCAAAUUAUUACUUGUUUUAAUAAGGAAGACAGACCUGUUACUGGUUAGCACAAUCAUACUAAUAAUGUGAAAUAAUUCUGAAAAAGAUCUGCUGAAUGUUAAUAUAAACAAGAGGGAACUUGGAAAGGUUGAGUCCGCCGGAAAAUGGCGUAUUCG